AUGGCCACCAGAGCAGCAAAAACAGGUGUAAAGGUAAGUCUCGAGAUGCGAGGCAUGGAAGCAUUGGAAGGGGGGGAGGUAGCACGUGAUUACUGCACCCUCAGUUUUGAAAACAGCCAUAAUUUGAACAAGGUCUCGAAACACUAUACAUUGCAACAAACCGAAGUUACAUUGUAUGAUUUUGUGGACAAGGCGAUCUUUAACAUGAGUAAUGAAUUGAUGAGAAUGCACAAGUGCUUCGUCCAAAUGCCAUGGGUUCCUUCCAUCAAGGAGGAGUCACCCCAUACUGUUCCACCACACUACAGCCCAAUCCUCAGCACACUCUUUGUGAUCCUGACAGCUGCUAGAAUGCACAAUGGGGGAAAAUUCUGCAGUGACCAUGUGGAUGUACUCAUCCAAAUGGGACCUGACAUAGACAUAUGCAAUAUAAAUGAGUUCAGAAGGAUGGAAGAAGUAUGCUCUCUUGAUGAUGCAAAAGGUGACGAAGCUGAGCAUAUGGGUGCUGCAUUGGAAAUGGUGGACAAAUUCCAGCAAGUUCUUGAGGUCAUCCAAGGAAUAUUUGGUGGAAGGACAGGGACUAGAAUGAGUGAAUUCAGUAAGGGUCACCAUCAGGGGAGUGCUCAGAGACUUACCACAUGA